AUGCGUAUCCACGAGGGCGAAAUUGGCUGCGGUCUCGACACACCCAGCACCUCCUGCACAUCCACCAUGCCUAGCUCAACCCACGCUCCGCCGCCCACCACGCCCACCGUCAUCAGCCCCGACACACUCAGCAUAUCUUGGACACCCACCAUGCCCAGCCCAACACAUACGCCGUCGUCCAGCGCGUCCACUAUCAACAGCAUCAUCACUGCCACCAUCUCCGCGACCAAAAAUAGCACCGCCAACCUCUCCUGUCCCCACUGUCGCCGUACAUUUAUCUUACGCAUCGGCCUGGUCGGUCACUUGCGAAUCCUCGCACAGAGCCCGGCAAACCAGUGUUUGAAGCACCCACCCACACUUGCCGAAUGCGUCUCACAUGUCGUCACUGCGUCUGAACAUUCAACUACCGCAUGGGCCUAUUAGGCAACAUGCGCAUUCACGAAAACCAGCGGUAGGCAACCUUCGGCUACACCACACCACCAAAACCUGCAUCACACAACAUCAUCACCCACUACCAGCAUCCAAUUCCCACCCCCCACGGAAGCGGGAAGUGUGCGCCUUGGCUCCGUCCCAAUGCGACUUCUUUGUUACAUUUGUGACUCGAAUCUGAAACUAUCGCUGUGCGUUAAGCGUUGUGGCUUGGAAGAUUGCUGACUGAAUCCCCAACUCAGUCCACGUAGUCCGUCCAGUUGUGUGUGCAUUUGUGUGUGGAGUGGCGAACUGAUGAUGUAAGAGCCAGACUGAAACGGCUCCUUCUUAGCGUGACCUACGGCACUCUCACGCAUAUGAGAUGUACGCCACCCAAUCCUCGUUGUGUGAAAUCCUGGUGCCUUUGUUUGAAGGGCCAGGUGGUGCAUGUGGCGCGCACCGACAAGUUCACAAAUGAUGUCAGCCCCCGCACCCAUUCCCCGCCCCUGUCUACUGGCUAACUCGGGCAGUGACUGGGGCCUGGGAGUGGGAAGGGAGAGUGAGGUCGACGACUCAACUCAUUUUCACACCUGUAAACAAUCUGACGCACUUGCAGAUAUCACGAUGCGCUAAAAGCCGUGGAUUGGAAGAUUGGCAACUGACAGGAUAAUUUGGACCUCACAGUCGGCCCAGUGUUGCGUGUUUGUGUGGAGUGGCCGACAGGUGGUCUAAGAGUUAGGCUACAAUGGCUCCUUCUUAAUGUGAUCUUUGUGGAGCCCCCACUCCGUCAGAUCCGAGCCGUAUGUGACGAUACGCCUCGGUGCGGCUCCAGCCGCACCAGCCCCUUUUGUUGUUGGUUAAAAUCCUGCUCAUUUGCUGUAUUGACCAGGGGAUCUGAAGUGGAGCGCCAAGUCGCGGGCUCAACCAUGCUAUCCGCUGCACCCUCCCCCGCCUCCGGUGUUUUUAACUCUGUCUUGACACCGAGUCCGAGUGGAGAGGAGGAGAGAUUAUAGCGUAGAUUGUCUGCGUAGAACAACAGCAAUCUAGGUGCACAUUCAUUGAGAGUGGGGUCCCACAAGGCUCGGUGCUCGGACCAACCCUCUUUCUCUUGUUCAUCAAUGAUUGUGUAAAUGGGUUGGACUGUGAUUGUGUCAUGUUUGCGGACGACAUAAAAAUCUGGAAAGUCAUCCAGAAUGCUGCCGAUGAGACCAACUUCCAAGAAAAUCUUUGUCGAUUGGACGAGUGGUCCCCGCAGAUGGCUCUUGUCCUUCAAUUUGAACAAAUGCACCAUUCUGCGCCUCAGAAAUCAGACCCCUAGUAGGCGGCCAUACCAUCUGAACGGAAUGCCACUCCGAGAAGCAGAAACUCAGAAAGAUCUCGGAGUUUGGGUUGCAGACAGCCUAAAGCCUUCUACACAAUGCUGUUAGGCGGCCAAGGCCGCAACCUCAAUGCUAUAUGCCAUCAAGCGGGCAUUCGUAGUUUUCGAUGAAGACUGCUUCACCAAAGUCUUCGGCACGUUUAUAAGGCCCCAUCUCGAAUAUGCAAUUCAGGCCUGGAGACCGUGGACGCAUCAGGAUUACGAUCUGCUCGAAAGGGUGCAGAGACGAGCAACAAAAUUAAUAAGAGGUCUAGGUGCACUGCCAUACGAGAUCCGCUUAACUAACCUUAAUCUCUAUCCUCUGAGUUAUAGGCAGUUGCGCGGAGACAUGAUACAAUCUCUCCGUAUCGUGAGCGGCUUGGAUUGUGCCCUUCGGCGCGAUGAAUUUUUCCAACUCGCCACUACAACUCAUUUCCGGCGACAUCCCUUCAAGCUACGUGUGCCACAGGGUAGACUGAAUGUGAGAAAAUAUUUCUUCUCCAACCGUGUCGUGGAACCGUGGAAUAACCUGCCCGAGACGGUUGUUAUGUCUCAAUCUGUGGAGACAUUUAAAUGUCGCCUUGACAGAUAUAUGCUGCAGCAACAAACGGACUAUGUGACGUUUUAGCCAUGUGACCAGUGACAUAUGUGAAUCAAUGUAUGCAUUCACUUAAUGCUGUAAUUUCUUCACAUUUUGGCUUGUUUAUCGAUUUUUUUAAGUACAAAUAGGGAGUUCAAAGGCGUAAGCCUAUUUCCCUCAAAUACACUGUCUGACUGACUGACUUAUAUGCUGUGCGAGUCUGCAUCCACUGCAAACUAAAUCACGCACACGUCACCGUCCCUGCUCUCACCUUGCUGUGGAGCACACGGUGGACAUCGUCGGAACCGACGAUUGAAAUAUCAGUGCGGGUAGAAGUUUUAAUACCAGUCGCCUCGCUCCUGGAGGCUGCAGUAAUAUAUUAGACAGUACAGGUGAGUUUGAUGAUGAUGAUGAUGAUGAUGAUGAUGAUGAUGAUGACGAUGAUGAUGAUGAUGAUGAUGAUGCUGCUGCUGCUGCUGCUGCUGCUGCUGCUGAUGAUGAUGAUGAUGAUGAUGAUGAUGAUGAUGAUGAUGAUGAUGAUGAUGAUGAUGAUGAUGAUGAUGAUGAUGAUGAUGAUGAUGAUGAUGAUGAUGAUGAUGAUGAUGAUGAUGAUGAUGAUGAUGAUGAUGAUGAUGAUGAUGAUGAUGAUGACUGUGUAAUCGGUGACACAAAGUGUCUUAACUGA